AUGAUGUUGUUUUUCAUACUGAUCCUUUUCGUACCAAACGUCUUUGCUGAUGAGCCCGCUCUUGUCCACACUCAAUAUGGAGACAUAUUGGGUUAUCAAACGAAUAUGUCUCGAGUCUUCUAUGGAAUUCCAUUUGCACAACCGCCUGUGGGUGCAUUGAGAUGGCAAUCAACAGUACCUAUUACAAAAUGGGCCCCGAAAAUAAUCAAUGCUACUCGACCAGCACCUGUUUGUCCACAACCUCCUUGUCCACCAUCAACAGGAUCAAUAAAAUGUCCUACGCUGCCUGUUACGUCAGAAGAUUGCCUUUAUUUGAAUAUUUUCACACCAUUAACAAGUAACUUGUCGUUAGCAGCUCUUCUUCCAGUAAUGAUCUUUAUUCAUGGUGGUGAUUUUCAAUAUUUGUCUCCAUCAGAUCCGAUCUACGAAUCCGAGCGUCUACACAUAUGUUCCAAAUCAUCAACGAACAUUCGCCGUGCGUUUCUAGGAGUUCUGGGAUAUUUGGCAACUGGCAAUGGUCCUAACGAUCUCAAAGGUAAUUAUGGAAUACUUGAUCAACGAAUGGCUAUUGUUUGGGUCAAAGAGAACAUCAAUGCGUUUGGUGGUGACCCCAAUCAGAUUACACUAUUCGGACAAAGUUCUGGUGCGCAGUCAACUGCUCUUCAUUAUGUAACCAGUGAAAUGCAACCCUUUUUUCAACGAGCAAUUAUCCAAAGUUCUCCAAUGACUGUUCCUUUCAGAACAUAUUUAGGCAAUGUGGCACUGACCGUUCUUCUUGCUGAACAAUUGCACUGUUCUCCGAACAAUUUGACCUGUUUUCGGUCUCGGUCAGCUGAUGAAAUCAUUACUGCUCAAGCACAAGUUAAUCAAAAGAUCACUUCGUUGAAUCCGUUGUCCUUCUUCGAACCAUGGUUACCAGUGAUUGAUAAUGAUAUUGUUCAUGGAUCGCUUGUUAACACAAUUCAGAAUGUUUCAUUUCCGUUGAAACCAUUAAUUAUUGGUACAGUAACAGAUGAAUGUUACGAUAUGGUACAUGUUGCAUGGAAUAAAAGUGUAACAAUCAGUGAAUACGCUGCGUUGGCUAUUGGUCUCUUUGGAGAACAAGCGCUAAAAGUUCUUGAACACUAUCCACCACUUAGUUCAGGUGAUCAACGACCAAAUAUUGUUCGUAUUGCGACAGAAUGGAUCUUUACUUGUUCCACUCGUCUUUUCGCUCGAAAAUCUGCAUCAUAUUCGUAUGUAUUCGGUUAUCCGUAUAACAAAGUCAAUACACUGAAUUGUCCUGAUCAUGCUUGUCAUGGUGAUGAAGUCGCGUAUGUCUUCCAAUCAUUUUGGCAACGUUUCACUGACAUUGGUCGAUACAUAUCGCAAGGCAUGGGCACUUAUUGGACAAACUUUGCGAAAAGUCAAAAUCCAAAUGAUCCAUCGAGUGUACCUUUAGUAUGGCCAAAGUACACAGAUGGAAAUGAAACAUAUCUGUUCAUUGAAAAUCCAUUUCAACUAGGAAACAGCUAUGUGAAAGAUGAUUGCGAUUUAUGGGACCAAAUCGGCUAUAAAUAA